AUGCCUGCAGAGGGGGCCGAUGUGCUGCCAAUCAUGCCCUUCCAGAAGCAAGUCGACUACCCACUCUCCAGCAGCCUCGAGGGUCUUGAUGCCCCCGCAGCCCCCGUGGCAGCCAUGGCCUUCCCCCCACCACACCCCCAAUCCAGCGCAGCAUCGUGCCACCUGCCCUUUUUCCAGUUCCGGCUGCUGCUAGAGAGUAUGGACUGAUGGCAGCUGAGCGUCAUGCACGUGGGCCAGGUGGCGGCGGCCGUGGACGCGCUCACCCUGUAGGAAGACAUCAUGAACAUCACCUACAAGCUGGAGGACCAGAAGUGCCCACAUUGCCAGUCCCAGGUGGACCCGAUGCCGCUGAAGCUUCUUCGCCUGGAGCAGGUGACCAUCACCUUCCUGCAGCUCUCGCAGGAGUCCCUCACCACGCAGCUGCACAGCCUGGAGGAGCAGCCGUGCCUGAGCCAGGAGGACUGUGAGCAGAGCAGGAAACUCCUCACCAAGCAGGCUGAGAUCAAGUUACUGAAGGAAAAGUGUAAACACAGGAAAAAGAUGAUCUCCACCCAGCAGAUGAUGAUCAAGGCCAAAGCUAGCUAUUACCACUCCAAGCCUGGCAAUAACGGCAGCCAGCCUCGGUUUGCAGCUUGGCGUCUCGAGGAAUCUCCAAGACCAGUGCAGGUGGCAGCCAUCUGUGGAAUGCUUUGUGGGUCAUGCCAGGUUGCCCUGAGCAGGGUACAGGCUGCCGCUGAACUUGACCUGUUAGGAGGCCACUCCCAGGAGGGCUAG